UAAAUUUAUUGCUUCACACAUUCGCUCGCCACCCUUCGGGCUGCAGGUCGAAAUAAGGAUCUUCAAAAAUAGUGAUGGUAUGUGAAAAAGCGCACUGAUCACUUCUGCCGACGGGCCGAACACGGGGCGCCACUUUCUUCGCAGCGUCAACGGAAGCACCGGAACCGGACUUCGCCCGCGCAUUCGCCUGGUGGCGUUGCGAUACGCAACGAUUAGCGGGUGUCAAACGGUUCUUAAAGAGGAGAUAAUUUUCCUAAUUGCACCGAAACCGGUGACAACGGGACGAGUGUUCGAGUGAUUAACAAAUCCCCAGCACCCCCCCAGCAGCUCCACCUGUGUGUCAAGGCGGGGGUACGGCAGCAAGGCCAGCCAGCCAGCCAGCCAGCCAGUCAGUCAGUCCGUCCCGAUGAGAUCAGUCGACGAGAUGGCAACGUCACACAUACUGUCCGCCAUCGAUCCAAUUAUAACUGGUUCGACAAACACGACGGUCAGCGGUGGUGGCUCCCUGAGCACGAUGAACGGUGGUGGCGGUGGCAGCAGCGGUGACGGAUCGAAUGGCAACGGUACCGGCGGUAGUUCGACCGGCAUCAUGGGACGCAGUACCGUGGAUCGGAAUCUCUCGGUCACGCUCGAUGAUCGCGAGCUGUGGCUACGCUUUCAAAAUCUAACCAACGAAAUGAUCGUCACCAAAAAUGGCAGACGAAUGUUUCCGGUAGUGAAGGUGACCGCUACGGGGCUCGAUCCGACCGCUAUGUAUACGGUGCUGCUGGAAUUUUCUCAAGUAGACUCGCAUCGCUGGAAGUACGUCAACGGGGAAUGGGUAGCCGGCGGUAAGGCUGAAGCACCGCCACCGAACCCCGUCUAUGUGCAUCCGGAGUCGCCAAACUUUGGUCAGCACUGGAUGAAGGAACCGAUCUCGUUUGCCAAGGUGAAGCUAACGAACAAGACGAACGGCAACGGGCAGAUUAUGCUGAACUCGCUGCACAAGUACGAACCGCGGGUGCAUCUGGUGCAGGUGGUGUCGGAUGCGAGGGACCAACGGAACGUUCACACGUACCCAUUCCCAGAGACGCAGUUCAUCGCCGUGACGGCAUACCAGAACGAGGAGGUCACUUCCCUCAAGAUCAAGUAUAAUCCGUUCGCGAAAGCGUUUCUGGACGCGAAAGAGCGUCCCGAUUCGGUUUAUUCCCGUGAAAGCUCUACCUACGGUUGGCUCAACUUCCAUCCGUCGUACGCCACCGCGCAAACCCCGCUGCAGCCUCCCGUCGAUCGAUCGUACCAGCAUCCGCACACGGUGGCAGCAUCUCGAGGGAAUCGUGUCGCUCCUUACACCACGCAACGUUCUCGCAAUACCAGUGGAAGCUCUUCACCACAGCAUGGAUCGUAUCUUCCACUCACGGAGAGUGUUUCGUCGCCCGUCUUCUCUUCUUAUCCUUCCACCUGGCAAACACAGACCACCUCGACUGGUUCGUACUGGAGUAAUCCAUCGGUGAUCGGCGCACAGCAGCAGCAGCAGCAGCAAUCGAGCAGCAUUGUGACGAACCCAGGGAGUCCAAAUUCUUCCAUUGCGCCCAACAUUUCACCGACGCCCUCGAAUGGGUCACCGUCGUAUGCGACCUCUUCGCCCACCUAUCCGUCGGCCAGUAACCACACGACACUGACACCACAACACUCGCAGUACAUUCCGGUGUCCAGUGCGCAGAUGGAGGGCGUCUAUCAACCGUCUGGCUCACCGCAGCAAAUCUACACACCACCAAGUCAUCAGAUCUAUCAUCCAACGCCGACGCAAGUGUCACCGAACCAUCAGCUGUACGGGAACGUGCUGAAUGCUCCGCCACCGAUCAGUAAUAUUGGUUACUCGACGGCCUGGCACAACGCAGGCGAUUUUAGUAUGUACCAAAGCAGCUAUCAUUAUCCGACGGCGGAGUACAUACCGAUAGGCGAGAUCAACACCUACAAUCAUCCUUCGGAUAUCACGGAACUGACGACGGUGGGAGUAGCUCCUCAUCGGCACCUAGAGCCUGCCGUCACCGGUUCCUCUCCACUGCAGUACCAUCACAGUCAUCACAGUCAUCAUAUGAGCGAAGGAUCGUCGUCGUCGUUGAUUCCCUCUUCGCACCAUCCACACAUCCACGCUGCGGCUCCGCAGUGCAAUGAAAAUCAAAGCCCAGAGCCGGGAGCUCCCCGCGGGACGGUCUCGAGCUCCGUGUCCAGUGCGCUUAAUGCGAUAGCUUCCUCUCCCGGGGCUGGCGGGUCCGCCGGGCAGCAAUUGUCCCAUGGUAGUCCUGGACGAUCGACGCUGAAUGCCGUGGCAGGUAGUGCUUGGACACCGCUGACACCACCGCAAACCACGAGCAUUUAAGGGAACGCUACAUACCGUGCCAACGGUCACACAGGGAUGUCACGGAGGGACGAAGGAUAUCAGCAUGGAUUGGUUAAAAGUUCAGCAACUGAACGAACGUUUUGUUGGUCAACAACAACACCACAGCACCACCACCAUUUGGGGGGAAAAUUCGUUUUAAUUAGUGA